AUGGGUAGAGGGAUGUUGGCCAGUCUUGGACUGGGGCUGCUGUUCCUUGCCCUGCUCCUCCCCACGCAGAUUUAUUCAGAUAAUACAAUUAUCAUGCUACAAUCAAGUAAUUUCUCCAAGUAUACACAAAACCACAAAACUACCACCAGGGAAGUGGAGGUCCCCUGCAGUGCACAGCCUGUCUUCUUGUGGUAUCGUUCUCCCUUCUACAUCUCGACUAUUUAUUCAGAUAAUGCAAUUAUCAUGCUACAAUCAAGUAAUUCCUCCAAGUAUACUUCGGUUGCCACACAAAGCUCCAACACUACCACCCAGGGAAGUGGAGGUCCCCUGCAGUGCACAGCCUGUCUUCUUGUGGUAUCGUUCUCCCUUCUACAUCUCGACUGUUGA